UAACAAAAGACUUGUGAUGUCUAGCAGGUUCAUUUCAGGAGAUGCGUUCGCAUUAUAAGCCACAGAUGAGGCUAGGAGUAAGCUACACGAUUGAGGUCGCCAUCGUGUCGCAAAGGUACGACAUUACUUUCGCCUGGCACGGGAUAGACCACCAUACAACACCGAUAGAUGCGUCUUCGUCUUCAGUCUAUUGGACGUAAUACCAGCGGACCCUCUAUUAUAGUGAACAAUGCCAUUAUACAGAUUACCCACCAAUCCAACAGGGAACUGGCGGCGGCGUACGAGUCCCGACCACACCCAUCGACACACGGAAGGACCGACCUCCACACGGACCAGGAAGACGUUCAAUACGAGUAUAAUAUGCCGACAAUGGCAAGUGUAGUCUCUCUGACCCAUCAGAAUAUUUGUUUCCGGUUCCGGUUGGUUUAGGUUUAUAUAUAUGCGUGUGUGUAUAUAUAUAUAAUAAUAUGGACCGUGGGUUGAGAAUUCGUGUCAAGUCCAUGUGUGUGUUAUUACGGAUAACAUAAUAGAGAUAAAUCAGACUUUCACUACAGCACUCAUCAGACGCAUGGUCAAAAUCCAGACGGACUGUGUACAUGAUCAGCUUUUCACCGUGUGAUUUGAUAACGGACAAUGUACUCUUACGUGAUAAUAUAUAUAUAUUAUGUCGAUACUAUGACCAGGGACAGUUCUCUAAUCUGGUUGAUGAGGACAUCACAGCCAUGAUUCGUUCAGCUAGUCUUGUACUCGCCCUGUCUCUCGCUGUCUCCAGUGCUUGGCCCGAGUGGCCGGCUGAGUCGCGUUACUCUGGGGUGUCCUAUGGGCCAACGCCAUUCUGGUGUAAACCCAAUGGUCUGGAAUGUCUAAAUGGUCGGACAUUUGCUGACAAUCCUAGGGGCCAAAACAUCACAGCUGAUCUCAGCACAACUAAAUCCGUGCAGAGAAUCAACCACGAAUACUGUAACCUGACCAACUUUGGGGGCCCUGGCCCACAGGCGCCCUGUGUAGAAUACUGGCAGGCAGACGGACGAGUGUUCAUCGCUGCCGACAACUUCUGCUGCCAAGGUUAUGGGUCACCUGGACUAUUUCCUUUGAAAGUACCACAAACAAAUUGGAUGACACAACAGAUGAAACUAGAGCCUCAACUCGGAAUGUACAAGGGUGAAUUUUACGAUGGAAAAGUGUACAAUUAUACAAUGACCUUGAACCCUGGACCUCCACCAUCAUCUAAGGUCAAACAGCCACCCCCACCCGGUGGAGGAGGAAUCUAUUUCUGGUAUUAUGCAUCGUACCCAGAUAAAAAGCCAGUCGCCCAGGGUGAGGGUUGUGUGAUUGACGUGUCCCAGGCCUCCAGAUGUGUCGGUAAUGCCCCAGUCUACUUGUUUACAGAGUACCGACUGUUCUCCUCAGUAUCUUUCAGUAACUAUACAGAAUUUGAACUUCCAAAGGAGUGUAAAAAUGGCAAGAAAACUGACUGUUACAACAGAGGGGGUGGACCACCUCCAUUGCUUUCAACAUAUCUCAACUAACAACGAGGAACUCUUUUAAAACGUCACUGGACGCAGUCUGUUGGUUCUGCUAUGUUAUGAAUGGAUACAAAUGCUUUCAUGUGUAGCUAUAAGUAGGGUUAACAAUUACAUCAUAAUGUAUAAUCAAACCUGCCUUAGCGACCACCUGAAUUAAGCGACCACCUGUCAGACACGACUAACGACCAUGAUUUGUAUAUCUUUAGAAACUAGUUUUCUAUGUUAAUUUUCAUGUCUAUUCAACCAUGCAAUGUAUCUCAGUUUGAUAAAAUCAUUAAAGGAAUUCAUAAGAUUUU